UUGGCCGCGCAUCAUAUCCGUAUGAAGGGAACAUCCGAAUUUGUUUCCGCUUCUCCCGCUCUACUCGUGUAUCUAUGCCGCCGGCAUUGAUACAGAUCGCAUUUCGAAAUAGCUCUUCGUGCUGACAUUUCGAAGCGCAUUCACGUUACCCUUAUGUAGAUGAUUAUUAACGUUACCCGGAUACUCUCAGCCGAUCCACGUCAUACCCCUACUAGGGACCAGAACUCGUUCCUCUUGCUUUCCUAUUCACUCCGCCUCCAUAUCUACUUGUGCCGGAUCGACACUCCACUUCCCCGCGCACCCCACGCCUCACCUCAACCCCAAAAUCCUACCCGUUCACCACUCCAAGCCCUAAACCAUACGCACAACUUCCGCAUAGAAUCAUAUGAAUUAACAACAAAAGAACUCUCCAUCACUAUACCAACCCAACCUACUACUACAUUGGUCAUGACAACAACAAUGAUCCAUUGACACCUCGGGCUUAUACCCCAUGCCCGGGCUCAUUUCACCGUCGAAUUGGAUAUGAAUGCACAACUCUGAUCUCGAGUUGGACGCCGGAUGACGUCAUCCAUGGUUCUGUGUCAAUCU